UUCUAAUAAUGUUAACUCAGCAAUAUUGUAAUAACAAUACAGUAUAAUACAAUACAAUAUAAUAAUUUAAAAUAAUUAUACGUGAUGGUCUCCAAUAAAUUACUCGAUGAAAAUUUCAAUACACGAAGUUACCGUACGCAUCUGUGAUAGUGAAAAUCUUCAAUCGUACAUCAACGCAUCCUCACACACACACACACACACACACACACACACACACAAGUAUCGCCAUGACGUUCCUGUGCGACGGGACCAACACUUGACUCCCUUGCAAGACCAAGUCACAUUAUACGUCUGCCCUCCGACCCGACCACUCAACCGUGACCAUCCCCCGAAACACGGAUAGUGCAUCGAUAAACGACUAUUCGCUGUUCUCGCGAAUUUUACAGAUACAUGUAUCAUUGGAUACAGUGAUGUGUUUGUCUCGUCGUGUGAUAUCAAAUUUUAAUGGUUGCUGAGAUUACGUAAACAAAUUGUCAAGAUUUUCGAAUGAAAAUUUAAAAGCUUUUUUACGAUCUCGUAAUCAGUUUACUACGUGAGUGCAAUAUCGAGAUUUCUGCGUGUGAAUCCAACGCUUUCGAUAAACUUAUGAAUUCACAAUAAAGUUUGACGAUUGACGAAGCUGUCAAAAUUUUUACGAAGAAAAGGACUAAUUUGUUGAGCAUUAAAUUGAAAUUUAAAAAAUUAACUGUUAGAAUAUAAUUAAACCUCGAUGAUGUAACAGAUUUCCAAGCUCUGUAAAGUAAAAACAAAACUUCGAUUGUUAAAUUUCAUUAAAAACUAAAAGGAUGAGACUUUAAACGCUUAAGAAGAAAUACAAUGCGCCGAGAGUUUUGUCUGACACAGUGACGUUCGACGCAUCACGAGUGAUUCAAUCGGAAAAUAGAAAAAUGCUUUAGGAUGUUGUCCUCUUCGGUGACAACUCCAUUUAGCGUUCGUGAUAUUCUCAACGAAGAUCAGCAACUCGGCGUCAUGGAUUGUUACGCGCAUCAUCAAAGUCAAGCUCAACACGUGCAUCAAGAAUAUUAUUCAUACAACGUUGUCCCCGAAAAUAAUUGGGAAAUGGAGAAAUUUAAGGAACAACCAAUGCCUAGCUAUCAGCAUUAUUCGGAUCUCAACCACGUUCACCAGUUGAGUCAGGUGGUGCCGCCGUAUCAAGAGACUUCUAUCACCGAAGACGGUAAUAUUGUUACGUCCAGUAAAACAGAACUGCGCAAAAGCCAAUCUGGUAAAAGAACAAAGCGGAAGCCAAGGGUGUUGUUCUCACAAACACAAGUUUAUGAAUUGGAGCAGCGGUUCAAACAGCAGAGAUAUCUGAGCGCACCUGAGAGAGAAAUGUUGGCCCAGACACUGAAGUUAACCAGCACUCAAGUGAAGAUUUGGUUCCAGAAUCGACGGUACAAGAACAAACGCGCCCGGAUCGAAGACGCCGAAAAGCUACAGGCACAGAACAUGAAGAAUCAACCUUUGAAAAAGAUCGCUGUGCCGAUUCUCAUUAAGGAUGGUAAACCCAACGUGCAAGAGUCCUACAAUGCACCUUAUUGGCCAAAUAUUCGAUCGGAUUUGAGCGCUCCGAUGCAGACGGACUUUAGGACAAACGAGAUUCGUCUCAGUCCCGACUUUAGGUCCAACUCGAGCGAGAUGAGAAUUGACUCCAACAUUAGCCCAGAGUACAAGCCAGAAGUAAAUUCAGAUAUGCCCGGAAGAUCAAGUCUGAACGAUAUGCCGAACAGGCAGCACGUACCAGAGUACAGGAGCAAUUUCGUGACGGAAACUCCGCCGAAUGUGCACGAUUGCAGUCGAUUGAUCAAGACGGAAUUCAAGACAUGCGUAAAUAUUAAUGAAGCUGUAUCGUACCCGGAUCUGAAAACUGUUCAAUCCGACAGCAAACAGCUUAUGACUGACAGACGAAUGUCUAUGGAUAUCUCUAAUAGCGAGUAUGGGUUUUCGAAUUACCUCGCUCCUGCUAAUUAUCAAAUGCAGUACGUGAAUUAUAUGGAGCAGGUACCUAUGGAUCAAAAUUUGCAACGACUGUGGUAGGUGCAUCCAAAAGAAAACUAUCUGAUGCAAAAAUUCCGAGUAAUUAAAAUCGCAUUACUGUUUCUAUUUUUAGACCUACAGUGGUUCUGUUGAUAAGAACAAUUUAGAUUUAACAAUUAAAUAAGUCGUCACUUGAAUUCUUUCAAAUAGCUAAUUAACUGUGUGCUACUGGAAAGAAUUUCAUAUUUAUCAAUAAAUAUUGAAAUUUUAUUAUCAAGUAAAUUAUCAACAUCAAUUAUUGAUUACUUUUAAUCGAUACGAGAUGAUGAUUGAUAAAGAAAUAAUUUGACCUCCGAGAAUAGGUUGUAUUUUAUUUUUUUACAUUAUAUAUAUAUUUUUUAUGCAUAUAACAUAAUAUAAAGGUGAGAUAUUCAUUAAUCCUCCUUUAUAUACAUUUAUCUAAAAUGUUAAAAAAUAUUAUGUUAAUAAAUCGAUGUUAAAUCAAAUCGCUGAAUCUUAGCGAAGGAUGGCCGAAAAGCGUGGACAAAUGAAACAAUACCAAAAUAACUAACCAAAAAUAUAUUCUUUACUUAUUACACGUAAGCUAUUGAUGUUAAGUUAGAAAUACACCAUUUUAGAGCGUUGUAGAGAAUAAGCUUAUAAUAUUGGCAGCUGUUUUUUAGUUGGCUAAGAUUUUCUCUUCGAAAUAGUAACGCGCCGUACAAGAGAGCGGAAAUUGCUUCAAGUGGCCUUUGCGGAAACAUCGAGCACUUUUCCGCGUAUGUUAUGUGCCUCGAAAAGUUUUUUCCUCUGACUUUCAAGUGCAGACGCUAGUCGUGCAAUAAAUUAAUUUUGUUCAAUUGGUAUCUUGCUGAAUAUAGGAACAGAAUUGUGUAUAUUGUCAAUAAGUUACGAAAAAUGUUCAGUUUUCUAUUAAA